AUGUUCACCGGCCUGGCGUUGCUGUCUAUUUGCCUGCUUAUACUACUUCGCGUGACGUAUACAUAUGUCACAUCUCUCGAAAGAUCUAUACCUGGGCCAUGGCUGGCUCGCUUCAGUCGUCUUUGGUACUUUCUGCAUGUACAAUCGGGAAAUUUUCACCACGAGAAUAUUGCCUUGCACGCCAAAUAUGGCCCCAUCGUCCGCGUUGGUCCCCAUCUCUACUCUAUCAACUAUCCGGACAACAAUGUCUAUGGUAUCGGUUCCAAGUUCAAGAAGAAUGACUGGUAUGAAGGCUGGAAGCAUCCUAGUCCCGACCGCUGGACAUUAUUCCCAGACCAAGACAUCAAGCGCCACGCCGAGACGCGGAAGAAGUUCCAAAACUUAUACAGCAUGAGUUCAUUAGUCUCCUAUGAGAAAUAUGUCGACGAAUGUAUCGAUAUAUUUCUACAGAAGAUGGCGUCUUUUAGCCAAUCGGGCGAAUCAAUCGACAUGGCCCAUUGGUUCCAAUGUUACGCUUUCGACGUCAUGGGAGACAUCACAUAUUCUGAGAGGUUCGGCUUCCUUGACCAAGGAGAGGACAUCGCGGGCAUACUUGUGGCAUUGGACAACUCCAUGGUCUACUCGACAUUGGCGGGCAUCUAUGCCUGGGCUCAUCCGUAUCUCUACGCUAUUAUGGAGAGGAUUCCGGGUUCGGGAGCUGCCGGAAGGAACUUUCUCAUGAAAUUUGUACAACAGAGGAUCGCAGAGAGGAAUCAUGCAAGGGCCAACCUCAGCACAAGCGAGAAGCAGCGACCACUUGACGCUAACGAUGGGACACCCCAAGACUUCCUCGACAAGCUCACCGAUGCUCAUGAACGCGAUCCGCAACGGGUCACACCAUACCAUAUCUUCAUGAUGGGCUUGUCCAAUAUAAUCGCCGGGAGUGACACAACGGCAGUGUCUCUAUCGAGCGUUCUGUACAACUUGGUCACGCACCCGUCAGUUCUAGAAAGGCUGAGGCAAGAAAUCAAGGAGUACGACGCACAAAAAAAUUCAUCCAACGAAUUCAUCCCCUUCAAGGAGGCUCAUAAGAUGCCUUAUCUCCAGGCUGUCAUAAAAGAGGCUCUUCGCCUCCAUCCUGCCACUGGGUUGCCUCUGUGGCGAGUCAUCCCAGAAGGUGGAGCAUUUAUCGCCGGUCGCCAACUUCCAGCAGGAGCCACGGUCGGCAUAAAUAGCUGGGUGGCACAUUACGAUUCCGGUGUUUUUGGACCAGAUGCGGGCACCUUCCGACCAGAAAGGUGGUUGGAAGCUGAGCAAGAGAAGGGGGAACAAUAUCAGAGAAUGGAAGCAAACUAUUUACCGUUUGGACUGGGCUCGAGAACGUGCUUGGGCCGGCAUAUUUCUACGCUUGAAAUGUACAAAUUGAUCCCCGAGCUAGUCAGAAAGUUCGACUUCGAACUAGACAUGGCCACGAGCAACUGGAAGACGAGGAAUUAUUGGUUUGUGAAGCCAAUAGAUUUCCGAGUCCGGGUCAAAUCUUGCUUGUGA